GUAUUGUUUUUCUACAAAAUUUCAGACGAAAAGCCUAACAUUUACCUAACUUCUUCUAAUGAAGAAUUUACCUGUAAAACACCUUUGAUUACCUGUUUCUCGUAGUAUAUAUCCAGUGUACAAAGCAGACGGCGAAAGGAGAAGAAGAUGGUUCUCCGUGCCAUUGCUCUUCUCUUCAUCUCCUCUCUGCCGACAGUCCUGGCCUCAAACAUCCUCUUCUGCCAGAUAGUUGCGACCAAAUCCCACCGCAUCAUUGCCCUUCCUUUCCUGAGGCAGCUGGCGGAGAAUGGUCAUAACGUGACCAUGAUUUCUCCGUUUUCUCCUGCCCUUGAAGGGGUGGAUAAUCUUCACGAGAUCCAGCAUGGGUUUGCUGAGAUGGAAGAGCAGCACAACCAAUUCAAGACUAGCUCUCUUUUUGGCGAGAUGGCGAAAUACGCCCGUCUCCUGCCCAGAUUGGCGAAGACGGCCUACAGCACCCAGUGGUUCUCAGACCUGUGGCAUUGGCGGCAGCACUUUGACCUGGUCAUUAUCGACGGGGCUUUUAAUGACCUCUGUUUGCCUUUCUUGGACAGCACCACGACGCCCCUGGUUUACAUCGACACACCUGGUGCGAAAAAUUCAUCACGAAGUCCAGUCCUUUUCUGAGCUCGAGAGAAAUCACUUGAGCCUCAUUCUCUCCAACUCUCACCAUGCUCUUGAUGGCCCUGCCCCGUUGCUGCCAAACGCUGUGGAGAUUGCAUGUUGCCACUGCCAACCCCCUAAGGAAUUACCCAAGUCCACCUGUCCUGGGGCGACGUCACUGAAGAGUCUUUCCGAGAAUCUAUUUUAGAAGUUGCUACCAAUCCUGAAUACCACAGACGCAUUUCCCGAAUAUCACGACUGGUGCACGACCAACCAGACUCCCCCAAGGAACGAGCCGUCUGGUGGCUGGAAUACCUCUUGCGGAAUGAGGGUGCCGCUCACCUUAACCAGGAGUCUUUCGCCCGAAAUCUCUCCUGGCCACAGAUAUUGCUAUUAGAUGUGCUCUUGCUGACUAUUUUUAUAUUAGCAUUACUUGGACUGAUUGUCUGGUUUGUCUUGAGAAGGAUAAAUUCUUCAGGGAAGUCCAAAGUAGACUAAAGAGCCAGGAUUUCUUAAUUGUUAAUUUUUUCCUUGUUGAGCAUAGACUUUUUCUCUGUAGACUUAGGGUUGUGAAAGAAAAGGCAGAGGAUGCUUGGGUUUAAUAGGUGACUGAUAUAGCCUACUGUAGUGCAUUUAUCUGUGAAAUAUUUGCUGUUUUUUAUUGGAGUUUAUUUUUAAUAUUCAUGAUAAUGAUAAAAGUUAUCUUGUGAUAAUAAGAAAGGUAUUUGUAAUAUAUUAUUAUACUGUAUAUGGUACAAAGUACUAGAAAUGCAGUACCAAAUAAAUAUUGUUGAUUUAG